AUGCAACAACUUAAUCAACAUAAAUUAAUUAAUAAAUUAAAGAAAUUUACAUUGCCUACUAUUAAUAGUUUAAAUGUUUUAUGUGGUUCAUCUAGUUUGAAAAAUCCGACAAAUAAUAAAUCAAGUAGGAUUGAAACUUUAGUUGCUAAUUAUCAGUUUUAUUUUAAUCAUUUCAAGCCCAAAGCCAAUUUUGAAAUAUCAUCAAUUGAUAUCGGUAUUAAACAUUUUUCAUAUUGCAAGUCAAAAUGCAUUCCUUGCUCGACAGGUCCAAUUGUUGUUCAAAAAUGGGAUAAAUUAAAUUUAGAUGAAAGAUAUGGUAUUAAUUUUAAACCUGAGAUUAAUAAAGCUUCAAUAUUUGAUGAUAAGAGAUACUUAAUACAUUUAACGAAGGAAAUGAUAAAUGAUUUACAAUUUAAUAAUUCAGAUUUGGUAAUUAUGGAAGCUCAAAGGACUAGAUCAUCUGGAAGUCCAAAUAUGGGUACAUUACCAAUCAUACUUAAGAAUUUCACAUUUGAAAAUUUAAUAUUUAAUAACCUAUAUCCUAAUUUUGUUAUGUUAAUGGAACCGAAGAAGAUGAUGCAUUUUUGGUUUUAUAAUUAUAUUGAGGAAUCAACUUUCAAAACACUGAAGAAUCCGAAAAAGAUAAGAAAAGAGUUAUUCGUGAACUGGUAUAAUAGGAAUAUGUUUGAAUUGCCUGGAUUUAAUGGAGAUAUAAGCAAGAAGAAUCAAUUAAUGGAUUACUUACAAUUAGAUAAUAAGAAUAAAUUAGAUGAUUUGAUUGAUUCAUUAUUUUAUAAUUUAACUAUGCAUUAUCAAUUUAGAAAUUUAGAAAUAUUUGAUCAAUUUGUUAACGAAGAUCUAGAUUUUAAUAAAUUUGUUGAGGAGAGGAAAUUAAUUCAUUUAGAUUUAAUCCAACCAAUACUUGAUGAUCGUGGUAUAAAAGCCAAGAAUUGA